UGGCGCAAUUUCGCAAGUGCACGCUUACAGUAUCGGAAAUUAUAUUGAUUUGUGUCAACCGCAAUGGUGACGAAGUGUUGAGGGUGUCGCGAAGUUGUAUCUUGUAUUUAGGCGAAAAAAUUAAUUAAAUUGUCAUCAUGGCCACGUGUUUAACGUUAAUUUAAGUUUAGUAAAUGAUAUAAAUCUACUCUGAUCAGGUAAAAUGUCCGCCGCUGGAACUCCAUCCACAGACCCAUGGGUCAUUCUAGCCCGGGAAAGAGCACGUUAUGACGAACAGUUCAAGUCCUUAAAACCCAACAAUGGGGUAGUGACAGGAGAGCAAGCCAAGGGGUUUUUCCUCCAAUCGCAGUUACCACCUUUGGUUUUGGGGCAAAUAUGGGCUCUAGCUGACACCGAUGCCGACGGGAAAAUGGACCUAAAUGAAUUCUCCAUAGCUUGUAAACUCAUAAACCUCAAACUGCGAGGUUACGAAGUCCCGAAAGUGCUUCCACCGACUCUUUUAGCAUCUCUUAGAACUAAUACUCCGCCUGCUAUACCUCCUCUCCCCAAUCCCGCUUUAAUAAGUGCCCCUCCUAGACCAGAGCCGCCGAAACCAGCCUUAAUGCAGAAUCAGGUACCACCAACGCAACCACUUCUGCCCAACCUAAGUGGAGGAGGCGUUAUGAAUCAGCAGCCUCCAAUCAGUGGGAUUCCUCCAAUGAUGGCGGGGAUUCCCCCACAAUCAUCCGGGGGAAUUCCCACAGGAAUAGUGCCUCCAAUGCAGAGUGCUAUCCCGCAAGUUCAACCUUUAAUCGGGAUGGGAGCGCAGCCUUUAGUCAAUCAAGUAGUACCAAACACCGGUUUUCCCACUGCUCCUUUGGGGGCUAGCGUUCCACCCAUGCCUAGCAAUGUUCCGUUGAUUCCGGGGGCGACGGCCGUACCGACUGCGGCGGCAGCCCCCAUCGUUCCCGCUCCACAUAUGUCUCCAGUGGGGGCAACUACAGCCAUUUCGAGCGUGGCGCCGUUGGGGCCGGGGGCCACGAGUACCCCCCGAUCGAGCGUUGCUAGUUUGGAUAAAACUGCGUCAAUUGAGUCACCACAAGUGGAUUGGGCAGUACCACACCAAACAAAAUUGAAAUAUACACAGAUUUUCAACACAACGGACCGAACGCGGUCUGGGUUUUUAUCUGGAGCCCAGGCUAGAAAUGUUAUGGUUCAGACCAAGUUACCACAAAGCAUAUUAGCGCAAAUUUGGGGAUUGUCUGAUAUGGACGCUGAUGGCAGGCUGGGUUGCGAAGAAUUCGUCUUAGCGAUGCACCUUUGUGAACAAUCCCAACUAGGUAAUCCACCUCCUGCAAAACUCCCUCCAGAUCUCAUACCACCAUCCUUUAGACGUGGACCAAGGACAGCAUCAAUUUCUAGUCAAGGAAGCGGAGCUCCGAUUGAACAGGACCCUGCUGCAACGCUGUUACAAACUUCGUUUGAGGAUAAACGUAAAGAAAAUUUCGAAAAAGGUCAGGCGGAGUUGGAAAGACGACGAAAAGCUUUAUUAGAUCAACAGCGUAAGGAAGCAGAGGAAAGAGAAAGGAAGGAACGCGAAGAAAUCGAAAGAAGAGAAAAAGCGAGACAGGAAGCGGAGAGGAAGAGGAUGGAAGAACUCGAGCGACAAAUGCGGGAGCAACAGGAGCAAGAACGACUGAAAGAAGAAGAGAGGAAGCGACAAGCGGAACAAAGAGAAGCCGCUAGAAGGGAGAUGGAACGACAGCGACAACUCGAAUGGGAAAAGCAGCGAUUGCAAGAACUGCAACAGCAGAGACAGAGGGAACAAGAGAACGUGUUGAAACUGAAAGCGAAAAGCCAAAGCUUGACGAUAGAAUUGUCAUCUUUGAACGACCAAGUCAAAGAACUGUCACAAAAAAUCUGCGACACCCGCUUGGGGGUGUCCAAUGUUAAAACGACAAUCGACGGUAUGCGAUCUACUAGGGAUUCUCAAAUGCAAGAAAUGUCACAACUGAAAAAUAAACUAAAGGAGCAAAAUACGAAACUGUUGGCUUUGUCUCAAGAGAAGGCGAAGUUAGACGCAAAGAACAAACUUAACGCACAGAUGGGUGGACUUGAUGCGGAACAAGCGAAAAUCGCCUUCGAAAAUAAAGAAAUCACGAUCAAGAAUUUGAGGGAGAAAAUAGAAGACAUGCAGAGGCAAAUCGAAGGGAAGUUAUCAGACAUCGAAAACAACAACACCCAGUUAUCCGACUUAAAGACACAGCUGCGCACACUCGUCAGUGAAUGUGAAAGUUUGUAUAGUGUGUAUGAGGAAAAGAAGACUAAGGUUCUGGAAAUGAAGAAUUCGAACAAAGCUAUGGAUUAUAGCGGGGGUUGGAAAACUAACGAUGCUUGGGGAGAUGAUGGGACGCAAGCACCUUCUGACUGGCCAGUUGAUAACUGGGGAGCAGCGGCUGAAACAACAGAACUACAGAGUGAUGCUGGAGUUGUGAGGUAUAGAGCACUGUACGAAUUUGUAGCUAGGAACUCAGACGAGAUUUCUUUCCAACCUGGAGACACAAUAAACGUUCCUACAAAACAGACUGGAGAACCAGGGUGGUUGGCGGGUGAAAUAAGGGGGCACACGGGCUGGUUUCCCGAAUCUUACGUCGAACCUAUCGAUGGUGUAAGCGUCAGAGAUACACCAGCUGUUGAACCUUUUGCAGAAGAAACGGAAACGAAGCGUCUAGAGGGAAUCGCCGAAGUUCCUGAAGUCACCGAAACAACGAAUACUGUAGUCGAACCGCAAGAAAUCAUUCCCCAGCCUGAACCAUCUGAAGAAGUCGAAUACUACAUAGCCAAUUAUCCAUAUCAAUCUCAAGAAACUGGUGAUCUUACGUUUAACGCGGGUGAUGUAAUAACUGUCGUUAAAAAGGAAGGGGAUUGGUGGACGGGCAAAAUCGGUAACAUUGUGGGUAUUUUUCCAAGUAAUUACGUUCAAAAGGUGGAUGUGAAUUCUGGCACUAACUCAUCUGCUGCGAAUACGACCAUUCCUCCUCCUCCUGCUUCAGCUGCAGAUAAUGCUAACACCCAAGUAGAUAAUGAGGUUUCUCAAAUCAACGAAAAUAAGGCUGUUGAGAAACCAUUAGACGCGUCUAUAACCUCGAGUGCACAGAGUGUUAAAGGUAAAAAGCCCGAAAUAGCUUCAGUUAUAGCGCCGUAUCAAGCAACAAGUGCGGAGCAAUUGUCUUUGGCUCGAGGUCAGCUCAUUAUGAUCCGUAAAAAGACGGAUUCGGGCUGGUGGGAAGGAGAACUGCAAGCUAAAGGUCGAAAACGGCAAGUUGGUUGGUUCCCGGCUAGUUACGUCAAGGUUCUAAACAGCAGUGGGAGAGCUAGCGGUAGAACGACACCGGUUUCUACAACUAGAAUGCAGCAAGAAGUCGUUAUAGAUAAAGUAAUCGCCUUAUUCCCCUAUGUCGCUGGCAAUCCAGAUGAGCUUAGUUUUGCUAAAGAUGACAUAAUUAGUGUAACAGCUCGCGAAGAAGAAGCAUGGUGGAGGGGGGAGCUGAACGGAGUGUCUGGGCUUUUUCCUAGCAAUUAUGUGGCUCCACUCCAACAGCAAUCAAACACGAUAAACAAAAAGCGCCAAGAUUCCAUCAGAGAGUUUAUUCAGACUGAGAAGGUGUACGUAGACGACAUGUCCACAGUACAUGAAGUUUUUGAAAUACCUCUCAAGAAGAGUGGUGUCAUAGCCAAGGACGAAGCAGAGAAGAUAUUUAUGAAUUGGCACGAUAUUUUACAGUGUAAUCGGAAUUUUUUGGCGGGUUUGUACGACUGGACGAGCUCAGGAAGCGAUAUACUGGGGCCAGUUAUCAGUAAACAUUUGCGCAAUAUGCAAGUUUACGAAAUUUUUUGCGUCAAGCAGCUAGACAGUGCAGCUCUUUUACAAAAAGUGACAGAAACUUCGACAGCAUUUCGAGAUUUGAUGAGAAAAUGCCAAAAUAAUGUGGCUACGAAAGGAAUGCCACUUUCGUCGUUUUUAAUAAAACCGAUGCAGAGAAUUACAAGAUAUCCGUUACUAAUAAGUAAAAUUAUCGAAAAUACUCCACCAGACCACCCUGAUUAUGAAUCGCUUCAAGAGGCUUUGAGGGAUGCGGAAAAGUUUUUAAAUGAUAUGAAUGAAAACGUGAGACAAAAGGAAAACCAGGAGCGUUAUGACUGGCUCCAAAGAUGUGUUCAGAACGAUCUAAAUAUAGUUUUUAACAGUGAGACGAAUAAGUUAGGUCCAAGGAAGUUGAGUCAUUUUGGUGGUUUAAGUAAAGUGAAAAGUGGAAAAGAACUAGUAGGUUUUUUAUUUAACGAUUUCUUCCUUUUAAUUCAGCCCAGCAAGAGCUUAGGCACACAAUUUACAUUCCAAAGAAACAAUAAUAUUAGUUAUAAAAUGUACAAACAGCCAAUUUUAAUUCAAGAUUUGACAAUUAGUAGAGAGAGCACAGAUCAUGUCGAACAAGGAACAGAUUCCAACAGAGUGAUAAAAAUGCAAGACAAUAAAAAUAAAUACACGUUGUCUUUAUUAGCGCCCACUGUAAAUGAGUGCAAUUUAUGGGUGAAAAGGAUUGAAAAAUGUAAGGAAGUUUAUGAGAAAGUGGAAAAUUUGUCACAGCUGAGGCCAAAAACGAUUAAUUUUGAUGGGAUUUGGCUUCGACUAACCAUUAUUGGUGCUAAUGAAAUAAGUAGUAGAACUAGACACAAAACUAAUAGUUUCAAAAAGAAAGGUAAACCUCAUACCGACAACGUGUACUGCAAAGUUACACUGGGAGAUCAAAAGCAGCAGACGGACUUGUCUAAAGACCAAGUUAUCAAUGGAAACGUUCCGCAAAACGGGACACCUCAAGCUCCGACGAUAGUCUGGAAUUCCAGUAUGCAGUUCCAGUUGCGAAAUAUUGACACCGAAAUCGUAACUUUUACGGUUUUUGGACUGAAUCUAUACUGCCCGGAUGAGUUUUUGGGGCGCGCUGAUUUAAAAGUGACGGAGGUAUUUCGUGAAAGGCAACACACCAAUGGUCCAAUUAUAAAAAAGUUAAUACUGCAUCAAGUAGAGUCAGGUGAAAUUGUUGUUAAGUUAGAUUUACAAAUGUUCGAUUUUUAAAUAUUGUUGACAACUGGAAUCACAAUUCCACCCAAUCAAAAUGUUAGUUGAUAUUGUUAUUUAUACAUAUAUACAACACACUUUACGUGGUUAUGUUAUAUACAACAUUUUUGUAUUUUUCUAUUGUUGUAUAAUUUUUAUAUGACAAUGUAAGUUAUUGUGUAAUGGUUAUUACGUAGAGAGCAUAUUUAUUUAUAUUUACUGGGUGCUUCUUCUGCCUCACCACAACUAACUGUAAUUCAAUGGUGCUCACUACCAGACUAUUUUAGUUGCAACAACAAUGAAUAUUUUUUAUGAAAAAAGUAAAAGACAAGUGUGACAAUUUUUGUGUAGCAAAUAUUUAUGCCACUAGGUUAGUGUGUAGCAUUUAUUGUUAGUGCAACUAAAAUAGUAGCACAAAUUAUCAUUCUAUUGUUUUCAGUUGACAAUAAUAAUAUGAUUGAUUUAGGAAGGUUAUUUGUGGUGAGAUCUUUCGUACAAAUGUGUGUGGAUUUUACAUCCAUUGUGUUCUAAUAGAAGAAGUAAUUCCUCAUGACAUAAUUAGUACAUCACAUUUUGUAACACUAUACACAUAAUGUACUACCGUAAUUAACCCAUUUGAAAUGACUUAGCAAGUCUUAUUUAUCUCUUGCUCAUCUUCAUGACUUUUCAAAGAUAACUUGUUAUGCAACUUUUGAGGUGAUAAUGUUAAUGUGCAACAUAAUAGGUAAAAAAUCAUGCUUUAAUAAUGUUCUCACAAAAAGUAUGCA